AAACAGAUACAAAUAUAUAAGCAGAAAUAUUCUGGGUUUCCUAUUUGCAGACCAGUGUCUUUUUACACUCAAGUAGCAAAUUACAAAAUGUGCUGCUAAGGUCCCCACAGGUUUCUGCUUUAAUGCUGAUUACAGCAAUAUAAUACAAAGUGUCUACAGUGCUCCAUUCAAUAUGAACUACACAUAUCUGCAAGGACAACGCGCUAAUUAAAGGGUUACUCCAGUAAUUUAGUAUUCCACUUCCAUAAAGUUGGGGGACUAACAAGAGACGGGGGGAAAAACAAAACAGAUCAAACUUGAUGCAGCAGAGGUUGCAACAUCCUGACUUUUAACUUCUAGUAUUGGUCCAAAAACACUGGAUCCUACGUCUCCCAUAAUGCUAUAUAAAGCAUAUUUUCAUUGGCCCUUCCUUGUCUUGUAAAUUGCUGUGUCCCAAAUUAUCACUAAUUCUAAGCAGGUUUUGAGGAUGUAGUGUGUUUACACUGGAAAACCAGAAAGUAUGCAUACUAAAUAUUUUUGAGUGAGUUUUGUUGAUGCACACUAUUCUCCCACAAUGCAAAAAGGAAAUGGAAGACCUGCUCACAGCUGGAAAAUAAAUACACUGGUUUUAUUGUUUGUUUAUUUCCAAAACAAAUUCUGUAAAUUGUUUCACAGUGAUUAAACAGCUCUGGAAAGAUCUAGGAAAACAUAGAAGUGAGUAUUGCAUUCUAGAUAUAAUAUUUUGAUGUCUAUUUGUGAAAUGUAAUUGGAUGUGACGUUCCAUAAUUGCAGUUUGAUUGACAUCCAACUAACAUUUCCUGUUAGUAUAAAAUGGUUAAGUAGCCUGUGUUGAUUUUUGGUAUACCAACUGCUAAAACAGUAUACUAUGAUGAUGUAUGUAUGGAUUUGGGACACAGCAUAAGUCUUUUAAACCUCACACCUCGAGUUUGUAACACAGGCUUUUCUCAGAUGAAGCUCCUCCAGAGCCACAGAAGACAUUAUACAACUGUUCAUCAUUACCAGUAAACUGAUCUUAACGUGUAAAAUCUGUAGAGUUCUGCUUUAAGUAAAAGUACGGGCAUAUUAUCAACAAGAUGUUCUUACGUAUCAAAAGUAAAAGUCUUCAUUAUGCAGCAGAAAUGCCCCUUUCAGUGUAAGUAACAAAAAAUAGAAAUACUCAAGUAAAGUACAGUCCUUCAGCAUGACUAAGUCAUCAACUUAAUUUUGUAAUCUUUAACUUUGAGAGUAUACAGCUGCAGAGAUGACUGAGUUUUUCGUAAAUACAGAACUUCCAGAAAGUGAGUGUGUGGAUUUGUUUUAUGAGAGGAAGAAAUCCAAAGAGUUUCCCUUCGGGGAUCAGUGAAGUAUUUCUGAUUCUGAAAUGGUCAAGAGUUAAUUUAGUAAAUUUAGAGAUUAGGGAACUAAUUUCCACAAAAGGCACAAACUAAUAUAUCAAAUGUCAAAUGUAAUAUAAAUAUAUCUUGAACAGGAACUUGAACAGUAAGAUUUAAAGGCAUCUGAUGCCAUUUACACCAUGUAUAUUACAUUUGAGAUGCCUUUAGAUUAAGUCACUCAACCUCUAUAACCAUAGGCCCAUGUGUCUUAUGUGCCAACUGAGAUGUUUGACCUGAUGGCAGACACAGAACAACAUUUCUGCUCUGUGAGUUUCAAGUCUGAUUGGAGGAUAUCAGAACCCUGAUUGGCCUAAAGUCAGAUGUAAAAUCAAAUACAAAUACAGGAACAAAACUGCUAAUAGGAUUUCUUUAGACUAAAUAGGUUUACAACCGACUAAAUGUACGCCAUUUAGGCAACAACAAAUAAAACAUUCAAGUUUUGUAGUAGGCUGGCUGUUCAGCUACCUUCGUUCCGUCUCUAGAUGGGGCCCUCUACAAAAACGUUACCGCACUUCUGUGUGUGCGUGUAAGUACGCGCGUGCGUCCGCUUCAGUUUUCCAAGCUAGUUCUUUUUUUUUUUCCAGCGCGAGGACAGAAGCCACUUUGGGAUCAAUACAGCUCUGAAGAAGCCGCGCGGCUCCCAACGUCUCUGCCGGACUGUACACGGGAUGAACGCGGGUUUGUUUUCCUCUCCGAACCCGCAUCUGUCCCGCACCUUCAUGUCUGACUCUUCAGCGACCUGGAAAGUGCGCUCUCUCUCCGGGCCUGGCUGCUGACUUGGAAAUCAAAAAAGAAGAGAAGAUCCAGAAGAAGAAGCUCAGCUACUAAAACUGGAUGAAACUAUCUUCCGUCUUAUUUUCCCGCACACUUUUGGGAGUGAAAACUGACGCUAUGACCUCCCUGAAGAGUUUGCUCUGGAUGCUUUUCUUGUUUCCAAAUCUGAGAUGUGACGCUGAUCCAGGUCUGUCAUUGGAUACAGAUGGUCUGGCUGAAGCUCAGAGUGGAACUGCACCCACAGCUGAAGGUUAUUUUUUGGAGUUCCAGGAGCCAGUCAACAACAUCACCCACUUCCAGGGUCAGACAGCCACGCUACACUGCAAGGUAGCAGGAAACCCACGACCGUCCAUCCGCUGGCUGAAGAACGACGCCCCUGUGGUUCAGGAGCAGGGACGCAUAACCGUCCGCAAGACAGAGGCAGGAUCCAAGCUCCGCAUACAGGACCUGGACACGACAGACACUGGCUAUUAUCAGUGUGUCGCCUCCAACUCACUCAAGGUCAUCUCUGCCACUGGCGUCCUGUACGUCAAACUAGGACAGAUGCCCACAUAUGGCCCAGAUGAACCGUCACGUGAAAAAGGUUUCUGCCAGCCAUACCGAGGCAUUGCCUGUGCUCGCUUUAUCGGCAACCAAAGCAUCUAUGUUGAGUCACUGCAGAUGCAGGGGGAGAGUGAAAACCGCAUCACAGCUGCCUUCACUAUGAUUGGCACCUCCACCCACCUAUCGGAUCAGUGCUCCAGGUUUGCCAUCCCGUCCUUCUGCUACCACGUCUUCCCUCUGUGUGACGAGGACUCUCGGGGCCCUCGCCGGCGUCAGCUCUGUCGAGAUGAGUGCGAAGCCCUGGAGAACAACCUGUGCCACGCAGAGUACACCAUCGCCCGAUCCAAUCCCAUGAUCCUCAUGCAGCUGGAGCUCCCCAGCUGCCACCUGCUGCCACGGCCGGGCACACCUGAUGCUGCUUCCUGUAUGAGGAUAGGAGUGCCACCACAAAAACUGGGCCCAUAUUCCCCCUCAGACCACAGCUGCUACAAUGGAAGUGGGGCUGACUACAGGGGCACAGUCAGCAUCACUAAAUCUGGUCAACACUGCCAGCCGUGGAGCGCUCAGUACCCUCAUGGUCACCAUCUGUCCCAGGAAUACCCCGAACUCUGGGGAAGUCACAACUUCUGUCGUAACCCAGGAGGUCAGAUGGAGGCGCCCUGGUGCUUCACCCUGGACCCUCAGGUCAGGCUGGACCUGUGUGACAUCCAGCCCUGCAAGUCUCCAGACAACCCCAGGAAGGAGAUCCUGUUCAUUUUAAUCCCUGCAAUUGCCAUCCCAUUGGUCAUUGCUUGCCUCUUCUUUCUGGUUUGCAUGUGUCGCAAUAAGCAAAAGGCAUCGACUGACACACCACCUCGCUGCCAGCUCAGCAGCUCACCUAGCCAGGACAUGGAGCUGUCUCUCCUCAGUCAGCAAAAACACCAGGCCAAGCUGCGGGAGAUUAACAUGUCAGCAGUACGGUUUAUGGAGGAGCUUGGCGAGGAUCGGUUUGGCAAGGUUUACAAGGGCCACCUGUAUGGCACCGUACCUGGUGAGCAGACUCAGGUGGUGGCCAUCAAGACAUUGAAGGACAAAGUUGAUGCCACUCUCUGUGAGGAAUUUUGCCACGAAGCCAUGCUCCGCUUUCAUCUACAGCACCAAAAUAUUGUUUGUUUGCUGGGUGUGGUCACCAAAGAGCUGCCAAUGAGCAUGAUAUUCACCUACUCCAGCCUUGGUGAUCUGCAUGAGUUUUUGGUGAUGCGCUCCCCCAACUCAGAUGUUGGCAGCUCAGAUGAUGAUAAGACAGUCAAAUCCACACUGGAGCAGGCUGAUUUCCUUCAUGUUAUCACCCAGAUUGCUGCUGGAAUGGAGUACCUUUCCAGCCAGCAAGUAGUCCAUAAAGACCUUGCUGCCCGAAACAUUCUGGUCUUUGACAAACUCAGCAUCAAGAUCCUGGAUCUGGGCCUGUUCAGAGAUGUCUACUCUGCUGAUUACUACAAUCUCAUGGGCACAAGCCCUUUCCCCAUUCGUUGGAUGUCCCCAGAAGCUAUUAUGUAUGGCAAGUUCUCCACCGACUCUGACAUCUGGUCUUAUGGUGUCUUGCUGUGGGAGACUUUCAGUUACGGUCUGCAGCCGUACUGUGGCUACUCCAACCAGGACGUGAUCGAGAUGGUGCGCAGCCACCAGCUACUGCCUUGUCCAGAUGACUGCCCAGCCUGGAUUUACACCCUUAUGCUGGAGUGUUGGAGUGAAUUCCCAGCAAGAAGGCCUCGCUUCAAGGACAUCCAUACACGUCUGCGCUCCUGGGAGAGCCUUUCCAACUAUAGCUCUGCUCAGACUUCUGGCACCAGCAACACUACCCAGACCAGCUCUCUCAGCACCAGUCCUGUUAGCAACAUUAGCAUGAGCACAGUGAAUGCAUUGCGCUACACCAGCCCUAAAAAGAGCUUGCCAUUCCAUCAACCCCAGUUCAUGUCCAUGAAGGGUCAAAUGCAUCGGCCAAUGGUGCCCCAGCAGCUCUACAUCCCUGUCAAUGGAUAUCACCCCAUGCCAGCUUACCCAUAUCUGCCGAACUUUUACCCCAUGCAAAUACCCAUGCACAUGCCCCACCAGCAGAUGCACCACCCACCACAGAUGGUUACCAAAGCUGGUUCUCACCAUAGUGGCAGUGGAUCCACAUCUACAGGCUAUGUCACCACUGCCCCUUCCAACACUUCUGUCACAGAGCGAGCAGCUUUGCUAAAUGAGGACUCCAAGACCAAUGAUGAGGACUUGGCUGACAGGGCGUCCCACGAAGAGCUAGACCAAAAUGAGGACCUGUCAGUGCCUGAAACAGAAUUGCUAGGUGACAAUGACCUUCCACAGACUGACGAAUUGGAGAUCCACUUGUCAGACACAUAAGUGUGGUGCUGUUUGAAGAAUAGUGGAGCUGAAAUAUUCUGUGAGCUGUGCUUGCCAAAAAUUCAAUAAGCAGCAUAAAGUGAAGUGAGCAAUUUUGCAGAACAGUGACUGAAUGUUUUUUAUGAGUUUCUUAGAUAGUUCUAACGCAUUUGAAUGUCAAUGUGUCUCAUGUUUGUACUCAAACUUCUGUGUCAAUGAUUAAGCAAAAUGAAUUGUGCAAUCCUCUAUAGACCUUGUUUUUAUAGUGUUGCCAUUCAGAAUAAUCUAUGUCCUUGCUGUUGCUGUGCAACACAAAACAUUUUCUUAUCCACAAAUACUUUAGAGGUUGCCUUGCCUUGAUAGAAGUUUUGCCUUCUCUGAUGCAGAUGGUGCUACGAUCCACUUCUUUUCACUUGCCAGCAAGGUCAUUCACUGGGAGGCCAUAAGGGACCCCUGCACCCACCCUCCCACCUCAGAUACUACACCCCACUAUACAGGCACCUCGACCUACCAGUAGGAAUGGCUAGUUACGCAAAAAGUGAGAUGAUCCCUCACCCUCUUCCAACCCACUUACAAUGCCAGUUGUGUUUAUUGGAAUGCACAACCAAACCAGAAGUAUUGCUACCAUAACCCAGAGCUGAACCCAGGUUUCUGUAGUGGUGUUUUGCUCGUUCUCAACUCGUGCACCCCCUAAUGACAAUUUAAUGUUGUCUUUGAGUUUAUUAUUCUAUGGUUUGUGAAAGUCACUAUCAUAGAACAAUAGAAUGUAUGAUGAAUAGAAAUGUGAUAGGAGUAUGAAAGAAACAGUCUAUGGGUAACUUUGUUAGUAAUUAUACUCACUGAGAUGUAUUUUGGAACUUACCUCCAUCAAACAAACAAAGAAUAAGAACAUAAGAAAUAUCUUGUUUGUUUGUUUUUUUGUUUUUUCAGGCCAUUGACUAAGAUCAUUCCAUGUGACUUAUGUCCCACGAGGUUGAUACUUUUAACAUCAACUUUGAUAACCUAGUUGUACAGAUUUUGAAUUUAUGUACUUUGAUUUGAACAUUUUAUUUGUUUAUAGUUUUUCUGUAUAGUGAUAAUUGCUAAGCCUGGACUGCGGUCGAAAAGUCCCUCCUAUGUCUUUUCCUAAACACUUUGAUGUGAGGAGAAUUCCUAAGACAACCGCGGUGCAAAGAGAAUCCGACUGCACUUAUACUAGGCGACAUAAUUAUGUGACGGUGGAUGUUAUUGAUGUGGGUCUGCCAUGGUGAAACUACAAUGUUCUGAAGAUGGACUACAAAAAGCGCAUCUUAUUUCAUCCUGUGCGUUCUUACCAUAUUGUUUCAUGCAGGCAAUAUAAACAUGAAAAAUAUUACAUCAUUAACAAGGUUGGAAUGGAAAUAAAAAAAGGAAUACAGGCAGGGAUGCUGGAAGUCAGUCACAGUUGGGGGUGCUGAGAGAAAAUCAGUCUAUAUAAUGAUGUCAUAUUAAAUGGCACACGAUAUUCAUGUUUUUUGUAUUAAUUUGAAUGGCCAGCAUAACUUAUAUCUAAUAGUUAUUAACAACAAUUUGAUAACAGACAGCAAACUUGAACAACGUAUUGUAUGUCAAAGCAGCCACAGCAACUACACAGUCAACAACACAGAACUAAUGCAUGAGAACUGCAAGGAGAUGAAGAGGGAGAGACAGCGCCUGGACGUGGGUGAGAGAUGUGACCCAUGACCAGUUCAUCAUAGUUUAUAAUAAUGCAGCGCAGUGAAGAGAAGAUACAGACGUUUUAUAGAGGAGAUGAGCGUAUAUAACGUGUCUGUUUAAUGUUAACAAAGACUCCAGUCAGCAGUGUAGUUCAUACACUUCUUUAUGAUCAAAGAAAGUUUUUUUUAAUCACGUCCACACAUUCUGUCCAUAUUCAGACACUCCCUCUCUCUCUGCUGCAAGUCUGCUUUUCGUGAAUGGCCGAAUGGUGCGUUGCUUUAAAUGUUGCAGCCAGAAAUUGUGGCACGGCAUUAUCUCCUUUCCUUUUGUAAAGGAUGGUCCAGUGUAUCCUAUGCUAAAGGUGAUAAAAAAAGAAGCAUUGAAGCAGCUUUCCUUUGCAUUUAGAGAAUUCGACCAGCUCUUAUCAUGACUGCCCCUUAAAUACUUCUGGGUCAUUUCACUCAGUUAGGAACCUUCCUAAGCAAAAAAGACUAUUCGACCACAACCCUGGUGUUAGCAUUAGUCAUUUCCAGCACAUGUUUGCAAUGUUUAAGCAGUUUUUUGCUUACCAUAUAAUGUCCACAUAAAGUUGUAUGAAAAAGUUGUAUGUUUCCCCUCAGUAAGAGAAGGAAAUCAUGUGCUAUCACUUGAUUAUAUUUUGUCAUCAUCUGUCAUUAAACGUGAGACUUCAAUAUACGGUGCACUGUGCAUCAAGUUACAUUAGGCCGAAAAAUGUACUUUGUAGUGAAGAAAUACAUUUAUUGCUGAUACUAAUAAAAGAAUCUAAAUGAUCAACAUACUGUACUUUUCCGUUGGGGUUCACAUUCUCAUUUACAAAUACUUUAUGUAUUGUUUUGUUGGGAUUAUAUUUCCCUUUAAUUAAACAAUCAAAACAACUGGGGGAAAAUGUAAAAAUGUGGUGCUGAAACUAUCUAUUUGACAACAAGAACACAGGGUUUGAGAGAAUAAACUUAACUCAAGGUCCACUUUUUUAUGGAUCUUUCAACCACAUCUCUAGUCUUCAACAGCAAAUGGGGUUGUUGGCUUAGUCCUCAAGUAACUAUAGAGUUAUAGAGUAUAGAGUUUUGGCCACGUGAUGCAGAGAUCGUAACCUCUGUCAUUGUUUGAAGAUGGACUUUGGCGUCGAUGUGAAUGGACUGUACCCGUUGGCCUGGAGUGCCACCACGGGUCCUGCUGCACCUCCAUCUCACCAUCCUCCUCCUCACUGAUAAGAUUUGUGCUCUGUAUAGGAGGUUCCUUACCACUGAUCUUUGAUGUUGUAUGUGGUCUUUAUGUUCCUAUCAGCCUACACAUGAAAACACAAGUGUCUAAAAACGCCGGUGUACCGUCCUCUUCCUGUUCUCUUGUGAACCUGAUGUGUGGGUUGAUGAUGUGUUGGAUGAAGCUGUCUUACUUAAGCAGCACGGUUUGUUGAAAGUGUCGUCCAUGUACUGGUACCAGUUGUCAGAUGGGGUAGGGGCUCAGGGCAGUCUGUUCAAACUAUUCCAUGUACAUGUAGCUACAAUAAGGGAGAUGGGUGACCCCAUGGCUGUUCCCUUAGUUUGUUUGUAAAAUAAAAAAUAAAAAAGGUAUAUAUAUAAAA